AUGGCUUCGACCCAGUCAGUUCAGUGCUUCGGCAAGAAGCGAAAUGCGACGGCUGUCGCCCACGCCAAGACCGGAAAGGGUCUGAUCAAGGUCAACGGCCGCCCUCUCCAGCUCGUUGAGCCUGCCAUUCUCCGAACCAAGGUCUACGAGCCCCUGCUGGUUGUCGGCCUCGACAAGUUCGCCGGCCUUGACAUCCGUGUCCGUGUCUCCGGUGGUGGUCACACUUCCCAGAUCUACGCCAUCCGACAAGCAAUCUCCAAGGCUCUGAUUGCCUACAACCAGAAGUUCGUCGAUGAGCACACCAAGAACCUGCUCAAGCAGGCCCUGACCCAGUUCGACCGUACCCUCCUCGUUGCCGACAACCGCCGUUGCGAGCCCAAGAAGUUCGGUGGUCCAGGUGCCCGUGCCAGAUUCCAGAAGUCCUACCGUUAA